AUGUUCAAAUGGGAAGAACAGCACCAACAAUUUUUUGAGGAAAUCAAGCAUUACCUCUCAAAUCCACCAGUUCUGUCCCCACCAAAGAGAGGAAGACCACUCAAACUCUAUGUUUCUGCAUCAGAAGUGUCCAUAGGGAGUCUGUUGGUUCAAGAUAACAAGGAAGGGAAGGAACAGGCAGUUUACAAUCUGAGCAGAACUCUGACAGGAGUAGAAAGGAAAUAUUCUGCAAUUGAAAGGCUUUGUCUAGCCUUAUACUUCACUGCUGUGAAACUCAGACACUAUAUGCUGCCUUUCACCAUCCACAUCAUUGCCAAGACAGACUUAAUCAAAUACAUGCUAACGAGGCCAAUGUUGAGAAGCAGAAUUGAAAAAUGGACUCUGGCUUUGGCAGAAUUUGCUUUCAGAUAUGUUCCUCAGAAAGCUGUCAAAAGACAAGCUAUAGCAGAUUUCCUAGCAGAUCACCUAGGAGAAGAGAUUGAAAAUAUGGACUCUUUGGACAUAGCAAAUGCAGAUCUGCUGACUAGAGUUCAUACUUGCCUUAACAAUCCCAUCUAUUCAGUUUACCUUACACCUUGGAAACUGUACUUUGAUGGAUCAAAGACUGAUGUAGCUUCCGGAGCAGGGAUUAUUUUAGAGGAACCACUAGGGAUCAGACAUUGUUAUUCUUUCCAGUUAGAUUUCCAUUACACCAACAACAGGGCUGAAUAUGAAGCUUUAAUCAUUGGCCUAGAAAUGCUGGUGGAAUUAGGGAUCCAAUCUGUGGAAAUCCUGGGAGAUUCUAUGCUUGUGUUGAAACAGAUUGCUGGAGAAUACAAGUGUCUGAGUCCUUCUUUAGCUAUUUGUUUAGUUGCAGCUAGAAACCUGCUGACAGAAUUCAGAGAAGCUACUUGGGAACAUAUCCCAAGAGAAGAAAAUUUUGCAGCCAAUGAAUUGGCUCAAAUAGCAACAGGUAUACAAAUGCCUGAAGACUGUAUGCAAAGAAUCAUCAAGGUAGGAAAGAAAAGUCUACCAUCUAUUCUGACCAGAGGAAUGGAGAUAGAUGUUAAUUCUACCAUAAUCACUCAAGAUGAUUGGAGAAAUCCUAUCAUGAAUUACUUGCAGUAUCCAACCUUGCCUUCUGAGAAAAGAGUCAGAAUCAUGGCUUUAAACUACCUUAUGUGGAAUGGAGAUUUGGUCCAAAAAAGCAAGGAUGAAGUACUUCCAAGGUGCCUUGGAAAGAAAGAAUACAUGAAAGUCAUGGGAGAAACUCAUGAGGGAAUCUGUGGAGCCCACCAAGGAGGAAGAAAAAUGUGCUGGCUAAUUAGAAGGUAUGGCUACUUCUGGCCAACCAUGAUGAAAGAUUGCAUUGACUAUUCCAAGGGAUGUGAGGCUUGUGAAAGGCACGGCCCAAUCCAGCAGGCUCCUUCAGUUCCCAUGAAUCCAGUGGUAAAGCCAUGGCCUUUCAGAGGAUGGGCAAUGGAUCUCAUUGGUAAGAUUUAUCCAGCCAGUAGCAAACAACACUGUUUUAUCAUUAUAGCUACAGACUAUUUCACCAAAUGGGUGGAAGCCAAGCUUGUUAAGUCCACAACAUCUCAAGAGAUCAUCACUUUCAUAGAAGAGCAGAUUAUACAAAGGUUUGGCAUUCCAGAAUCGAUCACAACUGACAGAGGAUCUUCUUUCAUAUUUGGAGAGAGGCUGGAUAUGGCGGAAGCAUUUAAAUUCAAACUGCUUCAAUCCACCCCUUAUUAUGCCCAAGCUAAUGAGCAGGCAGAAUCAAGUAACAAGUGGCAUGAGAAGUUGUUAGAAACUCUGUGGGCAUAUAGAACUUCAAAAAGAGAGGCAACUAGCAUGACCCCCUAUGCUUUGACUUAUGGCCAUGAUGCAAUUCUGCCCAUGGAGAUAGCAGUCCAGUCUCUUAGAAUUACGCAUCAACACAAUCUGGUUAGAGAAGACUACUCUCAAGCCAUGCUGCUAGAACUGGAAGGAUUGGAUACAAGUAGGAUUGAUACCCUCAACAAACUCUUAGCAGGAAAACAGGCUGUAUCAAGGGCCUACAACAAAAGAGUUAAAAACAAGAGUUUUGAAGAUGGAGAAAUAGUAUGGAAAGCAGUUCUGCCCCUUCGAACGCAUAUAGCUGGUUAUGGAAAGUGGUCACCUACAUGGGAAGGUCCUUUCAUAAUUAAUCAGAUCCUUGGAAUGGGGGCAUACAGAUUAUAG